UGUAAAUUGUGCAGAACAUGGAAUUUUCUACACAACACGUGUUAUUUUUAUAUUUCUUAUUUUGUAUUUUAUUGUUAUGAAAAAUGUUAAAACUCCACUUCUCACUUCAGGCUCAGUUUAUAAUGAAGAAUGCCUUAAAUUUAUGGACAAUUUGGUCAGUUUCGCUAAAGAAUGUUGCGGACUGGAUUCAUCCAAAUCCUUCAACAGGGUCGAUUUGAAAAAAUCAAUCCUCAAUGCCACUAGAUCAAAGUCCUUAACCAAAUUUGUUCAAACUUUAUCAAUAAAUGACAAGAAGAACUUGUUAAACCUAUCUUCCAUGGAAUGCCCGGUUAUUUGUCCUACUAAAAAGAUGAUUCUUCCUCCGAUUGAGUCUAUGCCUGCCAAUAUUAUGAAAUCUUCCAAAAAAUUAAGGAAUUUUUUCGGCAUUCCUGAACUUCAGGUUUGCAGAGGAUGUGUAAAAAAAGGAAGAUGCAGAAGAUACCAACAGGUUGAAAGGGGUGUGCCUGACCUUUCUGAUUUGGGGGCUUUAAUGAUAGGGAUGUACUCCAUAUGUAAAAUUCACUUAAACGGCAAUGAUUUGGUAGUGCCAGAGUUCGCAUUUAGAGAGCUUUUUUCAGUAACAUCAAUUCUAAACUGUUUAAAGAACUAUUUUAAGGAUUACAAUAUUGAAACUGAUAUACCUAGAGGUGAUGAUGAUGCUUGUUUAAGGGAGUUGCGCAGAGUGAAAAGGGAUCAAGAGAUGAUGAAACUUGAAUUAUUGAAGGAAAAGCUUUUCAAUUUACCCAAGGGCUAUAACAUAACACCAAAAAGAACUACAUACAUGACAUCAUUUCAGAGGAAUUUGUACAAUAAACUAUACGGUAAAGGGAAAAGAGUUGAUGAGGAAUACAUGUGGGUACAGGACUUGGAAGACAACUCGAUCCCAGAUGAAAAUUCUAAGCUCGAAAAGAUUAACAAGGCUGAAAUUGAUAUCAAAUCUGAUCCACCUUGUUCAUUUGAUGGUUCUUAUUCUCCCAAUAUCCAGAAUAAAAUAGAUAAAAUAGAGGAUCUGACCACAAGAGAUAUCCAGUUUAGAAUGGAAUACUCUAAACCACUAGGUACUGAGACUAACUUGGUUCGAUAUGAUGUAAUGAAUGAUAAGAAUGUAGAGGGAAUAAAGAUAAAUUCAACAGGGAGGUUUAUAGUUGACCUAGACUCUAAUUUGAGAAAUCGGGAUUUAAAUGAUUUGCACUAUAAAAAUGAUGGAAUUUCAAUGUACAAGGUCCCAAAUACUAAGAAAUUAGGCCCACUUUCAAGAUUUAUUAAUAAUUUGGAUUCCUGCCCAAAUGACCUUUCAUUUCUAAAACGAGUGCCUUACAAUUACAAAUGCCAGAGCUCGGGUGAAGUUAUAAAACCCAAAGGUGAAACAAUUCUGGAGGAUAAGGAAAAUCUUGAGCAAAUAGCACUGGCACUGGAGUCGAAAGAGAAUUUUAAAGCUACUCAUUAACAUCAUUAACAUAGUAUAUGUUGAAUUAUAAUAUUAUAAUUUGUUAACAAAGUGAAAAACAGUGGUGGUUUAUUAAAAUGUCAAAUUGCCACCUUGGAAUACAUUCUGUUUGCAGUAUCUUUUGCCCAUGAAUCGGCGUACAAUAUGUCCUAAUCCAGAAUUAAAACUAAUUUUU